AACUGUUCAUUCUUUCUUAUGAAGUGAGCGAAGAGCCAAGAUUCACAUAUCUAAUGUAGCAGCCCAUUGACUUGUGUCGAUCUAUUUUGGAUUGUGAGUUUUUCAUCAGUGGCUACAUCCUGUUGCGCAGAAUCUUUUGGAGAGAAAGUGCGCGCGAGAAGACUAUCACAAGCGUAUCAUUUCGGAGAUUAAAAAAGAGUUGCGAGAUAUCGUUUAUCUUUUGAUAUUCCUUGUCUCUAACAAAAUAAAAAGGUAAACAGGUCAUCAGGAUAAUUUUAAGGACCGCGCGCAGAGGAGCGAUAACCUGAGCAAAGCGCGAUGUUUGGCAUGAUAAAGAAUUCGCUUUUCGGAAAUACCGAGGAGACGGAAUACAAAUUGCUCAGCAGCGAAACCAAGGAAGGGGUCAGCUACGAGGUGCGGAGGUAUGACGCGGCCAAGUAUGCGGUGGUGAGCUCGGAGGGGCGGACGUUCGAUCAGGUGACCGGCGAGCUCAUCAGGAAGUUGCUGAUGUACAUCGGAGGAAGCAACGAGGAAGGUGAGGCCAUGGGCACAGCGCCACCCAUCAUCAUCACAGUGUUCCCCAGGGAUGACGGCGUGAUGUCACGACGCCUGGUGGUGGCCCUCAAGAUCCCCACCCAGUAUCAGACUAGCCCGCCGGCCCCCGUCGACUCCUCCAUCCGGAUCACGGAGCAGCAGGGCAUGACCGUCUAUGCACUGCAGUUCGGGGGCUUCGCUGGGGAGAGCGAGUACCGAGUGGAGGCGUCCCGGCUGACGCGCACGUUGGGAGAGACCGCCCCCUUCCAGCGCAAACAGUACUUCUGCUGCACCUACGACCCGCCACUCAAAGUCUACAGCCGCCGCAACGAGGUGUGGUUUAUACAGGAAGAGCCCUAGGACAUCAGGCUCAACCUGGUAUCCAUCGCGACCCCUAACACUUCCUCGUCAUCAAUUGUUUAUGUUCUCGUAGAGCCCAGAUUAUUGGAUAUGUUUACGCAGUGUGACACUCCUGAUUGGCUGGUUGGGUGGAGAGGCCUCCAUGUUUCUUUAACCGCUCCGAUUAUCUCAUGAAUAAAUACAAGAACUUCUGGGAAUGGGUAGGCUGAGGGGAUUCAGUUAGGGUCUUCCUGUCAGUUCCCCGGUCCACUCAUGACUCUAUCCAUCUUCACCCGCUAAAGAGACGGGCUAUUGGAGCCCAUGUUUCUGACGGCUUCCAAGGAAUCUUUAUCGGACUUUUUAAUGUAGUAUCAAUGAGGGGAAGGUCGUCAGGGAGGAAGAUUGUGCUGUUUGGUUACCUGUCACAAGUCUGCCAUGUACUUGAACUAAAAAGCUCUACCCGUGUUGGGGAAAGUGGUAAUAUAAUGUGGAGGAAGGAGGAGUUUAUUUUUUAUUUUGAUAACCUCAAGCAGGGUAACAGUUCAAGGAUGGGCCUUAAGUUUUUUUAAUUGAAGACAAAUAUUUACACCAUGACAAAUUACAGCCAUAUCCUACCGUUUUAUCAAAAUGAUAUUCCGAUUUUUUGGUUUGUUAUCAAAAUAAAUAUUCCCUACUGAACAUACGUCAGUUUGCACCAACUAAGGGUUUAAAUUAAACACAUUUACAUGGCAUUAAGCAUUAUUGCCAUUAAUUUAAAGACUGUUGUACAUGUUCACAAUGCUCUAAGUAAAAACGACAAUAUACAAAAUAUUUCAGCCAUUUUGUCAAAAUAGUACUCUAGAUGUUUAGGGCGGGUUGUGAGAACUGGUCAAAUAGUCAUUUAUUUAGUGUUAUUAUAAGAGCAUUGACUUAGUGAUUAUGACAUGAACAAUGUCCAUGGAAAGCAGUUGUGUGUUCUGUGUGCUUGUCCCUCAGGUAUAAAACUGUGAUGUUGUAGAUUCAGUUCUGAUUCUUGAAGCUGUACUUUGAAAUAACUGUAUAGUUAUAGUGUGUGAUUUUCUGUGAAAAUAUGGAGUGAAGAUAUCUCUGGGGUUUGCUUGCAUUUCACAGCCUAAUAAAUCUUAUGAAGUUCAAUUGCAACUGCUUCAGCAUGAUGUUGGUUUUCUUCACAACCAAAAAUACCACAAGUUUUAUUCUUUUCACACCCCAUUGAAUGGACAGUCAAUGUUGGAAACGUAUCCACAUUGUUUACAUAGUUUGCCUGAUAAGCAAAUUUUACACAAACAAUGCCAUUUCAAAUAAAAAGGUUAACCGUUUGUGAUGAACACAAAAACCUAUGCGAGAUGAGAUUCGUUUUUCACAAACAUUUAUUCAUAAUUCCUUCAAUUUUGUAUCAACAUAAAAGGAACUCUAAAAGGAAAAAGGUUCACAAACACAAGAGAAGACAUUUUAUAUCCGUUUGUUUAAUUCAAACAGACGACAACUCCCACGGGAACCCAACCAUUCCUCAACCUCCUACAAACUAGUGCAAAAUGCAAAGAGAUCUCACUGCACACAGUCGACAUGUGUUAUAUGGUCUGUUAGUCACUUCAGAACAGUUUAAUCAGGAAUGAGUUUGCAUUCACAGGGUGAAUUAGUAAUAACUGCAAGGUGAGCGCUGAAGAACUAUGAUAGACAGACAUGGCCCAGUAAUCCCACACUGCUGUAAUCACAGAGCGAAGGGGGCUCUUGUUUCAGCCAGUCUGCAUACAUCAAUAUAGUACAAGUCUGGGACUGGGCCACGGGUCCUUACUCACCGAGUAGAGCCGUCUACCGCAUUACCCUUCGGGGGUUCUCUUCCUCGCUUGACAGAAGUUUCAACUUGAGAUGGUAUGAACAGCGCACGUGAUGGCCGACUUCCGUUACCUACGCACGCUUCGCCAGAUCGAUCGGCGUUUGCGCCCUACAACCCUCUGAAAAAAAAAAGGCCAGAACCGAUGGCAAGCGCGUUUUUGCGGCACAAAGAAUCGGAGCCGUCCCUUGUUAAACCCAGACAGAGACGAGCGCGUGGGGACUUAACUCGCAGUGUGAAUGUAAAAAUACUUUUAACGAUAGGAAUAGGAACGGCCGUCCGAUGUCAAUAUGAACGUUUGAAAUGUUUUUAAUUGCGAAAAAAAAUCUAUAAAAUGUUAUGGUAAAUAAACAUUUUGUAUUUACAAUGUUGUGGCUAUUAGAAGUGUCUAUUGACUCUGACGGACAUUUUCCUUUGUGCCUCCUCAGCCGAAUGGGUUUCAGGGCUCAUAGACUCCAGACUAGGACCACCAGUCUAGGGUCAGAUCCUCCUCCAGAUCAUGUAAUGAUACCCAGUACUAUGUGAAAAGUUUCAACUGGUCUGAGACCAGCAUUCAGGAAAAUAUCGAGACAGAAGCCCUUGCCUAAGAAGAGGCAGUCUCACAUUCAAACAGAAAGAGCCUUCCUUUUAAACAGAGAGAAAAA